CUUGUGACAAAGAGGUUGGAUAAGGAAAUGCGGUCUUUUUGAGUUAUAUUGUGUAACGGGUUCGAAAUAUCAUGCUGGGUUUUCUCAUUGUGGAUGUCCAGUUGUCUUAGUUGACUCCUAAAACUGUUACUUUGGUUAAUUUAUUUUGAAUAUUCCAAAGCUUAUAUGGCUUCAGCACAGGUUUAUCGUUUCCAACAACGUAUAUCAUAUCUUCAAUCUCAUCAUAAGCUUGCAUCGAUUCGACAUUGUGAGGCUGUUAAUAACUAUGUCAGUCAAAACAAUGAAUUAAUGAAAUCGUUGAUGGCUCAUUUAAAGGCUCCAGAUAAAAGUGUGAAAAGAACUAAAAGGAUUACGAAACCUCGGACGGCACAUCCACAGUUAGUGAAAUCUGCACGUUUUUCUGCCAAGUCAUAUGCUAUGCAGUCAACUGUCGAGCAAUUUAACGCUAUACAUCAACAUUCAUUAUCCAGGCAAACAGACUUUGUGAACCAAUGUUUACCUGAAGAAACAUGGAAUAAUUUCGGUACACAGGCAACUAAUGAUGAUCCUUUUGUGUGUAAUUCCAAAGAACCGAUAUUUCCACCACCGACAUAUACAGAACCAAGUUUAAAUUAUGAACCAAGCAUACUUGAUGAUUGCUUGUGGGAAAUAUGGAAUGGAGAUAAUAAUGUUCUUCAAAGCAAGCACCCAAUAAGAACACCCCAAACAAGUUAUACUUCGUGUGAUAAAAUAUAUUCAGGUGAUACCCCAUCUUCUAUCUAUAACGGUGCUCAAGAGAAACAAUAUUGGAGUCGUGGUGACGUGUCACUCGAUAUUAAGCAGCAGACAUUAAGUCCUGUUCCUGGUUAUAACUUACCAGCUGCACAACCAAGAGAUUCUUACUGGUUGAAACAAUCCACUUCUUAUGGUGAAUCCAAGCACUUACUUUCUGUCAAUAAGCAUGAUCAUUUGUAUCGUAAUGAGCCGUUGUGUACUGUACAAAAUUCAUUCUCUCCUAAUCUGAACGUCAGUUGUAGGAAUAGUAAUUCUUUGCUGACUAAUCAAAUAACCAAUUAUUCAGCUGAGUUUUGUACAUCGAAUUCUGGUUACGAGCUAACCGGAUCGUCGAAAAACCAUAUUAAUCCGAUUCUAGUAUCUACUUAUCCGUCGGUAGGAUCUGACAUAAACCAUUAUCGAUCAGCAAUUUUUGAUCCUGAUGAAUGUUUUAGGCCGUAUUAUGAUUGUACUUCUUAUCAUCCAUCCGGAAGCAACAACAAUGGUAGUAGCAGUGGUGGUGAUAAUACCAGCACCAGUAAUUAUCAUUUUUAUGGAGCAGAUCUGAACGCCCUACAGUCAUAAACAUCAAAAUAAUCAAUGAUAUGAAAAUCUACUUUAGUUCCUUUACUCAACUUUAAUUUAUGUGCACUUGUGUUGUAUUCUUCUGUUUUUAUAUUUCCACUUCUAAGUUUCUCCAUUUGAUUUCUAAUUGAGAUAAAACGAUCAAGAAUGAUUUUUGUGAUACACAUUAAGAAAAAGAACUGGACAAUUCGUUGUGUCAAACUAAUAUCUUUGUUUUUCGCUAACCUGAUUUCUAUUUGUUCAUAUGAUUUUAUAUACAUGUAUACCAUAACUGAAAUGUACAGUUUUAUUCAAACUGGAAUAUAUAAAUAAUUGAUAAGAGGACAUGAAUAAAUCAUGAUACAGAUUCUUUUAUAUGUUGGCCAGUUCUGUGGUACUUUUAUUUGAAUAUUCCCCGCUCUAGAUUAAUCCCAGUUAUUACUGUACACCUCUUGUCUGCCGAUGGAUAUGGUAUUUGAGUUCAGUAGACAGACAUAUGAUACUGCUAUCGAAAUAUAUUUUUUUAUUAUUAGUGGA